GUUCUGCUUAGCUGUGACACCUUUCUGGAGUGGAUCAUCUUCUGAGGGGUGCAGUGAUGAAGGCCAGCAUGCUGUUUUUUGGCUCUCUCUGUUCGGUUAUUUUUUGGAUGAAUCCUACAGGCUCCCAGAAGAUUGCCAUCCAAGAUGAACAGCCCUCCAAACUGGACAUGGCACAAAUGUCUGUCGAUGACAUGUACUCCACUUGUGCUGAAAACAUGCAAGCAAAAAUCAACAAGAUGUACUUUGCAAAAGAAAUGCAGAGCAACUCAUUUAGAAAUGUGUGGGAAAAGGCUGCAAGAUGUGCAAGCAUAAGAUUUAGCAAACGGGAGCAAGAAGAUGAGGCACUAACCAAAGACCACAUGCAAGCAAUAUGUGUGUACACAGCUGGGGGAAGGGAAGAUUUCUAUAAGGCAUUUAAUGAAGCAGUCAAGACCAAAAGAAGAGAGUAUGGGUCAAAUUUUCUAUUCCACUCCUUGCAUUUCUGGCUGACCAGAGCUAUCCAGAUCCUCAGAAACAAACAAGAGUGUCACGUCACAUACCGCAGAACCAACAAUAGGUUUACUGGUAAGGUCAAUCAAAUCAUUCGGUUUGGUACUUUUGCCUCAUCCUCUAAAGAAGCAAACCUGACGCAUUUUGGAAAAAAGACGUGUUUUAAAAUUACAACCUGUUUUGGUGCUUAUUUGAAAGCAUACCCAACGCUUGGAGAUCAUGAAAGGGAGGUGCUCAUUCCACCCUAUGAGACAUUCAAAAUAAUCAGCAAAGACAAAUUUGAAAAAGAUCUUGCUGACUGUGAGACUGUUUAUGUACUGAAUAGCACAGGAUUUAAAAGCAAUCUUGACUGCCACGUUGCCAAACACAAACCUGUGUGACUGUUUCUUACUUCAAAUGUAACACUUACGUUUUCCCUUUCCAAAUCUGAAACAUUAUUUGAUGGUGAGACGUGAUGUGAAAAUGAAAUCUGUUACUCUGAUUACUUUUUAAAAUAUCCUUUGUUUCAAGAAAUGUAAAGGGAGGAUCCCUAAAGUCAUGUUCAGCGUACCUAAUGAACCUUAAGAUGCAGGGGGAAAUAAAACCCUACUGUAAAAAUAUUUGUGUUCUGAAUUGUGCAGGAGGUGAUAGUAUUUCUGAGAGCCAAAAUGCAAGCCAGAUGUAAAUGUGA